UUCCUCCCCGGUUAUAACGCGCCCCCCAUUCCCAUGGACGCGGGGGUCGCUCCAUGCCCGGGGGGGAGCCGGAAGAGGGCGGGGGAAUGGCGGGAGGGCGGCGGGCAGGAGGAGGAGGUGGAGGCAGCAGCGCAUCACCCGGGGGGGUGUCGGUGAAGAUGUCGCUUCGCCGCGCCUACUCCAUCAAGGACAAGCUCCAGGCCAUCGAGAGGGUGAAGAAGGGCGAGCGCCAGGCGUCGGUGUGCCGGGCUUUCGGCGUGCCGGGGGGCACGCUCCGCGGGUGGCUGAAGGACGAGGCGAAGCUCCGCUGGUUCCUGGAGCAGCUCGGCGGCGAGGUGGGCACCCAGCGCAAGAAGAUGCGCUUGGCCAACGAGGAGGAGAUCGACCGCGCCGUCUACGCCUGGUUCCUCGCCCUGCGCCAGCACGGCGUGCCGCUCUCCGGACCCCUCAUCCAGGCGCAGGCGGAAGCCUUCGCCCGCCAGAUCUACGGGCCCGAAUGCACCUUCAAGGCGAGCCACGGCUGGUUCUGGCGCUGGCAGAAGCGCCACGGCAUCUCCAGCCAACGCAUCUACGGCGAGGGCGGCCUCCCCGCCGAGCCCGAGCGCGCUCCGGCCGCCCGCGCCGAGGUCCUGCCCGACGGCGGCGGCUACGGGGAUGAGCAGAUCUACAACGCCAACGUCACCAGGCUCUUCUGGAAGCUUCUUCCUGGCGCUGGAAUCACGGCCAGGCGUCCGGCCCGGGGCGAGUGCGUCACGGUGCUGCUGGCCGCCAACUUGACCGGCUCCCACAAACUCAAGCCUUUGGUGGUCGGGGGUCUCCGCGAUCCCGCCAGCCUCCGGCAUCACAACCAGGAGAAAUUCCCGGCUUGCUACCGCUACAGCCCCGAGGCCCGGCUGGCGCCGGCACUUCUGCGGGCUUGGUUCUUCGAGGACUUCGUGCCGGGGGUCAAGCGGUACCUGCGGCGGAGCUGCCUGCAGCAGAAGGCCGUGCUGCUGCUCAGCUCCGCUCCGUCCCGCUCCGGGUCGGGGGCUGAGGAUUCCCCGCCGCUCCAGACUCCGGAUGGGUCCAUCCGCGCCCUCUUCCUCUCCAGGGGCCCCUCCGGGAGCGGCGUGGCCGGAGCAGGAGGCCGAAUCCCGGCGCCGCUGGAGCACGGGGUGGUGUCGGCCUUCAAGCAGCUCUACAAGCGGGAGCUGCUGCGCUUGGCCGUGUCCUGCGGCGGCCCCGGCGGCCCCGCGGAUUUCGUGCGGUCCUUCCUCCUCAAGGACAUGCUGUACCUGGCUGGCCUCUCCUGGGAUCUCAUCCCGCCCGGAUCCAUCGAGAAGUGCUGGCUGCUGGGGCUGCGCGCCGCCUUCGAGCCCCAGCCCGGCGAGGAAGAGCACGGGGACGCCCCGGGAGGGGAGGAAGGCGGAGGGGACGGCAAGGUCUUCAGUGACCUGACCCACCUGGCCGCCUUGGCCUUCAAGCGCUUGGCUCCCGAGGAAGUGUCCGACUGGUUGCACUUGGAUGACGCGGCUCCGGGCGCGGAGGAGGACGAUGGUGCCGAGGAUGAUGCCGAGGAGGAAGGCGCCGAGGGUUGCGGGGCGGAGGAGGAUGAGGAGGAGGAAGAAGCAGCUGGUGGCAAAAGGGGCGGGGAAGGGGGAGAUCCUUUGCUGCCCACGGCUCGGGAAGCCAUCCAGGGUUUGGAGACGGCGCUGCGCUGGCUGGAGGGACAGGACCCCCGGCAAGUGGGGCCGCUGAAGCUGGUGCAGCUGCGCUCCCUCAUCUCCAUGGCCCAGCGGCUGCGCCGCGGCCUCAGCCCCCAGUCCUAGUGUUAACCCCGCUUUUUUUUUGGCUACCAACCACCCCUGGUUGGCCACAGAGCUGGGGAAGCCCCGGUUGUCCCAGGGGGGUGGCGGUGGAGGUGCCACUCGCCCCUCUGUGACCGUGACUCCCUGGGGGUCAGGAAGCCCGGAUGCCCGUGGGUCACGAUUUCGGGGAUUGUUUUGUGCAACAACUCGAAUUCCAGGGUUGUUGCUUACCUAAAAUAUAUUUAGGAGGUGCUAUUUUUUACGUCCCUUGCUGCCCCUGGUCACUUGGCACUGCCAGAAAGGGGAUGGAUACCCCCCAGAUUCCCGGUUCCCCCAAUUCCAUGGGGAGAAGGGGAGAGGGGAGGACCUGCUCAGCACCUCUGGGAUAAUGGGGGAUAUUACACUCUUAAACUGAAAUGUAACACUGGAAUGUUACGCUGGAAAAAUCCCCAAAUCUCAGAACAGGGCUGAGGUGGGCGCAGCCAGCUGGACGGAGACCGCUCCUGAGGUGCUGCAGGGGAAAAAUUCCACCUUGGAAGAGGCUGGUGACGCCGUUCCUACUGCCAAAACAGAAUCCUGAUAAACCAGGAUGGUUUGGGGCUGGUUUAAGGUAGGCACUGGGUUGGGAGUGGUGGCAUCCAGGAGGGAGAGUCACCUCCAUCAUUCCCAACACAGCUGGGAACACCUGGACCACGGAGACCUGCUGAACGAGGUACCACCAUCUGAGCAUCCUCAUGGAGCUGCAGGCACCUGGGAUGGGGGUUGAGGUGUUCCCCAAGGGGUUUUUGGGGUGCCCAGGCCCGGAGGAUGCAUCUGUGUGAGUUGAGAUUGGAGCAGGGAAGGCUCCCGGCACCGAAUUGGAAUACUGGGGGCAUCUGAUAGGAAUUUAGCAGCUCCUCACCUGAUUCGGAUGAAAUUUUAGGGUGUUUAGCCGAAUUACUGGAAGAGGGAAAUGAAAUUAACUCCUCAGUGCUGCCAUGCCCCCGCGUCGGAGGGAAGGUGGGGGUUUUUACUUGUCGGGUCUUUGUCUCCUCGCUGCAGAGUUUAUGGAAAUUAAAUGGAUUUUUAUUCCCA